AACUGGCUAAGAAUGGCAGCACACACCACUUCAUAGAAGUCCAGUAUUGACAGUUUGGAAAGCGUAAACAGGAAAAGGAAGCAGCAGAGGAAGAAGAGACGGAGUGGACGCUGUUUACCAUCCGAGCAGAUGGGUGAGACGGAGGAUGAACGCACGGCGCAGGCCAGUGUGCUCUUUGAGAACUUUGUCCAGGCGUCUACCUGUAAAGGGACUCUGCAGGCCUUCAGCAUCCUCUGCAGGCAGCUGGAGCUGGAUCCUCUGGACUACAGCAACUUCUACAGCACACUGAAGGCUGCAGUCAGCACCUGGAAGGUCAAGGCCCUGUGGACCAAACUGGACAAAAGGGCACAGCACAAGGUCUACAACCAGAAUAAAGCCUGCCAGGGAACCAGGUGUCUGAUCAUUGGCGGGGGUCCUUGUGGUCUGCGGACAGCCAUCGAGCUGGCCCUGUUGGGUUGCAAGGUGGUGGUGAUUGAGAAGAGGGACACGUUCUCCAGGAACAAUGUGCUCCACCUCUGGCCCUUCACCAUCCACGACCUCAGGGGCCUCGGGGCUAAGAAGUUCUUCGGCAAGUUCUGCGCCGGUGCCAUCGACCACAUCAGUAUCCGCCAGCUCCAGCUGAUGCUGCUGAAAGUGAGUCUGAUUCUGGCAGUGGAGAUCCAUGUGAACGUGGAGUUUGUCAAACUCGUGGAGCCACCGGCGGAGCAGACUGACGACGGUCCUGGGUGGCGAGCCGAGGUGCGGCCCUCCAGCCACCCCGUCUCAGAUUUUGAUUUCGACGUGGUGAUUGGAGCCGACGGACGCAAGAACACAUUAGACGGUUUCAGUCGCAAAGAGUUUCGAGGGAAGUUGGCCAUCGCCAUCACGGCUAACUUCGUCAACAGGAACACCACAGCAGAGGCCAAAGUGGAGGAGAUCAGUGGCGUGGCCUUCAUCUUUAACCAGAAGUUCUUUCUGGAACUCAAGGAGGAGACAGGAAUUGACUUGGAGAACAUAGUUUACUACAAAGACAACACACACUACUUUGUCAUGACGGCGAAGAAGCUGAGUCUGCUGGACAAAGGGGUCAUUAUAAAUGACUACAUAGAAACAGAGCGACUGCUGAGCAUUGACAACGUCAACCAGGAAGCGCUGCUCUCCUAUGCCCGUGAGGCAGCCGACUUUGGCACAAACUACCAGCUGCCAUCCCUGGACUACGCCAUCAACCACUACGGGCAGCCGGAUGUAGCCAUGUUUGACUUCACCAGCAUGUACGCCUCAGAGAACGCCGCCUUGAUCAGGGAGAAGCACGGACAUCAGCUAGUGGUCGCACUGGUGGGAGACAGUCUGCUUGAGCCCUUCUGGCCGAUGGGUACAGGCUGUGCUCGAGGUUGGCUGGCAGCCUUCGACACUGCUUGGAUGGUGAGGGGCUGGGCACAGGGCAGGAGCCCUCUGGAGAUACUGGCUGAGAGGGAGAGUCUCUACCGGCUGCUGCCUCAGACCACCACAGAGAACAUCAGUAAGAACUUUGAACAGUACGCCAUUGACCCUGCCACCCGCUACCCCAACCUCAACUCCAGCUGUGUACGCCCACACCAGGUGCGCCACCUGUUCAUUGAUGGCCAGCAGGGCUCGUGUCUCCUGGGAAGAGGAGAACCCACACGAUCAGUUAACUUGUCCAGAAGAGAGUCUGACGUGCGUCCUGGCCGGCUGCUGACCUGGUGUCAGAAGCAGACUCAGGGCUACAGAGGGGUCGAUGUCACCAACCUCACAUCUUCCUGGAGGAAUGGCCUGGCCCUCUGCGCUCUCAUACACCGCCAGAGGCCAGAGCUUAUUGACUACGACUCUCUUAACGAGGAGGAUGUGGCGGGGAACAACCAGUUAGCGUUUGACUUGGCUGAGCGAGAGUUUGGCAUCCAGCCGGUGACGACGGGAAAGGAGAUGGCUGUGGAGGCUGAACCGGACAAGCUGCUGAUGGUUCUCUACCUCUCCAAAUUCUACGAGACCUUCAGGAACUCCCCAGGAAAUAACAACGGUUCAAGAGAACCAGAUGAAAACAGUGAAGAAAAUCCAAAAACCAGCCGCAAACUGCUGAACCAGCCUCAGCUCAGGAAGAGGGUACCCAGGGAUGACAAGAAACUGGAAGACGAUUCUGUGAACAAGAGACGGCGCAAGGGCAACCACUACCUCACAGAGUUGUCCUGUCACAGUGCACCCCCUGCUGGUGAGGACGGGGAGCUGAAGGAGAACAAGGUUCGCUCCAUGGCAACUCAGCUGCUGGCCAAGUUUGAGGAGAACUCCUCGACUGCAAAGAUACGCAGCAAGCCUGAUGAGGACCCAUCCGAUCCAUCCCUUUCUCCUCCUCUGUCUCCUUCCACCACCCCACUUCCUCUCUCAGAGGAGGAGGAGGAUGAGGAUGAGGAGGAGAGAGAUAAUCCCCGCUUUGCAAAGCCCAAGGACGUCCCCCCUCCUCCUCUUCUGCCUCCCUCUCGCCCCAAGUGGCAGCCUUCCAUCUACCUUCGCUUACUGGAGAAUCCCAGUGAGGUGGCUCAGCAAACCAGUUUCCUCUAUUCCCCCAAAUCGCCUCCCCCUCAGAGCGGCUUCAGUCGCUCUCCUUCACCCUCGCACUCUAAGAGUCCACUAAGUUCUCCGCGCUCACGGAGCCCUAAUGUUACUGAACAUUACUACCCAGGACGCACCUCUCCUGACAUGUCAACCAGUCAUUUCUCUGCUUCAGAUAUUGAUCACUCCUCUGAGAGGUCAGAGGGGUCAAUGCAGCAGAGACUGUCUACUAGAGAGUUUACUGGGAGGAGUAUAAAGGAGAGAGCUGUCCUCCUUUCCUCUCUGUUUCCUGGGUCCAACAAACCUCCCCCUGCUCCUCGUUCUCCUCUUCCUGAGUCACAGGUGGAACGUUCUACCUCUUCCCCUCCUUCCUUGUCCCCUCCUCCUCCUCCUUCUCCUUCUGCCUCUGUAUCUAAAGGCUCAACUGUCUACCCUGUAGUCCACCCUGUCCCUGACCCCACCGCCCAGGCUGGUUUCUCCUCUGUCCCCCUGUACGCUGCUGGACACAAGGACAGGAUACAGAAAGACCCCUCUACUCCCGCCUCUUACACUGACUCUGAAAAAACAGAUCAAAUCUCUUCUCUUCAUGUUGAUUCCUUCACACGCAACAACAAAACACCUGCUGCCCUUCCUUCAGCUUGCUCUGAUGAGAACCACACGUUCUCCUCUGCUUUCUCUGACACUAACUGUGUAAAUGGACACAGCAGCUCAUCUUCUCAUCCAGUCUCUUCACUGCACAAGGAUAACAAUGAGCGUGAGCAGGAGAAGGUCCACAAAACUGCUCAGGAGACAUUUGAUGAUAGGAAAUUAGCUGACAAUGAUCACAUGAAGUGCAAAGGGAGCUGCGCUCUUCAGACCCCUAGAAGAAUCACUCAAAAGUCAAUUGUUCGCUCUGAGAGUUGUCCAACUGGAGCUCCUAGUUACAUUAAAGAGCGUACAGUUGGGAAGGUAUCAUCAGCCAUAGAUGCUAAAGCUCAGAUACUGGCCGUCCUCUAUGAGACAGACCACAGGCCCAAUGCCACACCGUGUGUGGUACGUAAGGACCUCCCUCCCGGGCUUGGCGGCAGUGAUAUCUGCCACUUCUGCACCAAGCGGGUGUACGUGAUGGAAAGACUGAGCGCAGAGGGCUACUUCUUCCACCGCGAGUGUUUCCGAUGUGAUGUCUGCAACUGCACCCUCCGUCUGGGAGGGCACACCUUCGACUCGCAGGAGGCAAAGUUCUACUGCAAGAUGCAUUAUGCCCAGCGUCAGUCCAGCAGUCACGUGGGGAGGUUCAGAAGGAGAAUGGAAGACCAUGUCUUACCCUCGUCGUUGGACGGUGGGACCUACUCGGCGAUGGGCAGCGUCCAGAUCCAGCCCCCAGGAGUGGCGUCCAGCUUGCAUUCAGAGCAGCUGGAUAAAGGUCAGAAAAGAGUUCCUGAAGACACAGAGAUGGCUGUGGAUGCUCUGGAUGCUUCCUGUAUAGUCAAAGCAGCACAAGAUAUUACAGGGGCCAAGGGCCAAAGCCAGGACAGUACAAAAGAUCACUCCAACACCAAACAGAACAAUCGAUGGAAACGGAAGAUCAGAGCGACCUUCCCUCUGAUAUUCAUCAAGCACUUCCAGAGGAGCUGGCCGGUGGACAAAGAGGGACCAGAGACCGUCCCCGAAGCUGACUCUGACUUUGAGGAGAUCACUUCAGCAGAAAAACAAACUAACUCUGAGGGCAGUUCCAAGACACCAGCACAUACCCAGAAUCCCUCAGAGGGAAGUGAGAAGAGAGAAGAGUGCUCAGCUACAGUAAAGACGGUCUGCGACUUGUCUACCCCGAAGAAACGCUUGAUGUUAUCUCUUUCUGAGAAAGAGAAGCUUCUGAACUGGGACACACUCAUCACACCAGAGGAAACUCUGAUUAACACCGAAAACACACAUCAACAUAAAGCCCAGGUACAAGCAGAGACAGAAGCAGAUAAGCCUCAGACAGACUCGGGCCAGGACGAGGAACCAUCCCAGAGCCAAACCUCGGCCUCGUCCCCCUCAGCCUUCCAGCUUUUAGCCAACGCCUUCAAGAGGAAAUUUAGUGUGACCAAUCCCUCCAGCAGCUCCAACACUGCAGUCACAAUGAGGACCAAACGCGACAGCCCCCACAAGCAGAGGCCCAUGUCAGAGGGGACGUUCAACUUUAGCGCCCUCUUUGGUACCGUGGGUCCAGAGCCAUCCGGAGAAGAGAAGAAGCCCGUCAAGCGCGAGGCACGAUUGGCAUCUCUAGGGGCCGAUCCGUGGGGGGGCGGGAGAGACCUGCCCUCUCUGCUGCAGCAGGUGUCCCUCAAGGGCCGUAGAGACUCCGGUGGGGUGUUCUCUGACGACAUGGCCCCAGUGCCCCGCAGGAGGGUCAACUUGUUCUCGUCCCUGAGGCUGAGGAAGAGAGAGGAUUCAGAGAGCGAGAGGCAGGACCAGGAGGUGCAAAAGGAAAUCAGGACCAUACUCACCAACCUCAGAAACAAAGCCUCCCGUCAACAGAAUUUGGAAGAGUCUUCCUCUAGUGACAAUGAAAAUGAAAACCUAACAUCCAAUCAGAAGCUGUGUCCAGAGAGACAGAGGAGGAAGCAGGAGAAGACGGUGGCCCAGCAGGCUAAAAGAGAAGAGCUGAAGAGGCUUCACAGAGCCCAGGCCAUCCAGAGACAACUGGAGGAAGUUGCAGAGAAACAGAGAGAUCUAGAGGAGAGAGGAGUGGCUAUAGAAAAGAUUAUAAGAGGAGAAACAGAAUUAUCUCAGACAGAUGACGAGGCCGAGCUCUAUCAGUCCUGGUUUAAACUCGUUCUGGAGAAGAACAGACUGGCGCGCUAUGAGUCGGAACUCAUGAUCUUUGCUCAGGAGCUUGAACUGGAGGACACACAGAGCCGACUGCAGCAAGAUCUACGACAGAGAAUGGCAACAGAAGAUACAGAUAAGAGCGCCUCUGAGCUGCAGGAGGAGCAGGAGAUCCUGUCAGAGAUCAUGAGGACGGUGGAGAAACGAGACAUGCUGGUCUCUUUCCUGGAGGAGCAGAGGCUGAAGGAGAGGGCUGAGGACAGGGACCUGGAGAGCCUUGUGCUGUCCAAGGGCUACGAGUUUCACUGGGCCCAGGCCGAUGACAGCUGGGGGCAGGAGAAGCUGGAGUGAAGGUUGAAUGUUGAGCACCUCAUUUGUGAAGAGCAGGGUGGAUAGUAAAGGGUAGAAAGGUACUGCAAGGCUCUACCACACUAACACUUUUUUAAAGAAACGGAACUGGUGAAAUAAAUAAAAAAUUGUUUGCAAAUGUAAUGAGGAUGGAAAUGUUAUUCACCCCAAAGAAUACAGCGAGGCUUCAUCCUGUCUCACUUUGUGCUGGUAUGCUGAGCUCAGAGACGGAGAAAGACUGGAAAUGGAGCCUGAGCUAAUGACUUCCUUCACAGCCAUUAACGUCUCUGCCAUUAAGGUUAUUUGACCUCUGUGCUCAGAAGUGUAAUCUGUCAUAGCCCAGGCUGACACUGACCUGAAACUGGAUGCACAAUAUGCUUUACCACUUCUAAUAAUGUGACUGCCUUGUAAUAUUUUGGCAAACCUCAUAAA